UGCGUCUCUGCGUCAGAUGACGCUCAGCCCCGAGCGCCCUAUAUAUAUAUAGAGGGUCCGGAGCGCACGAGCGCGCACCGUCUCUCCUCCGUCACUCACUCACUCACUCACUCCUCUCUCCUCCUCUCGCUCUCUCCAUCCGAAAGAAAGAAGCAUGACUUUUCCCGGAGACCUGUACGCGAGCAGCUCGUACCGGCGGAUAUUCUCGGAUGCCCCCCGUCUGUCCUCGCGCGGCCCGGCGGGCUGCCCCACGGCGUCCCGGCUGCACGCGAGCCCCAGGCUGGGAGCGCGCCUCGCGCUGGACGCCUCGGUGGACUUCGCGCACACGGCGGCCGUGACCAACGAGAUGAAGAUCAUCCGCACGAACGAGAAGGAGCAGCUUCAGGGCCUCAACGACCGCUUCGUGUGCUUCAUCGAGAAGGUGCGCGCGCUCGAGCAGCGCAACCGCGCGCUGGAGGCCGAGGCCGCGGCGCUGCGCGAGCGCCACCGCGAGCCCUCGCGCCUCCGCGACCUCUACGAGCGCGAGAUGCGCGAGCUGCGCGCCCGCGGCGACGAGCUGGCGCGCGACGCCAGCCGCCUGCGUGUGGAGCGCGCGCAGGCCGGCGAGGCGCUCGAGCGCGCCAAGGAGCAGCUGGCCGAGGAGACGCGGCGGCGCGAGGAGGCGGAGCGCGGCGCGAGCGCCUGCAGGAGGGACGCCGAGGAGGCGGCGCUGGCCAGGCACGAGCUGGAGAGGAGGGUGGAAGCGCUGCUCGAGGAGAUCGACUUCCUCAGAAGGGUGCACGAGGAGGAGCUGCGCGAGCUGCAGGCGGCGCUGCAGGCCACGCAGGUAUCCGUUGAGAUGGACAUGAGUAAGCCGGAUCUGGCCGUGGCUCUGAAGGACAUCCGCGUUCAGUACGAGACGCUUUCUGCCAGGAACCAGCAGCAGGCGGAGGAGUGGUACCGCUCCAAGUUCGCCAGCGUCACCGAGGUCGCAGCCCGCAAUACCGACGCCAUAAAGCAGGCCAAAGAUGAGCUGGGCGAGUACCGGCGGCAGGUGCAGGCACGGACCCUGGAGAUAGAGGCCCUCAGGGGCCACAACGAGGCUCUGGAGCGGCAGCUGGCAGAGAUGGAAGACCGCCACAGCAAUGAAAUCGGCGAACUGCAGGAGACUAUCCAGCAGCUGGAGGACGCCCUGCGCAGUACUAAGGGAGAAAUGUCCCGCCAUCUGCGCGAGUACCAGGAGCUGCUGAAUGUCAAGAUGGCGCUGGACAUCGAGAUCGCUGCCUACAGGAAGUUGCUGGAGGGUGAGGAAACCCGUCUAAGCACUGUGGGCGGGGCUUUGCUCCAGUCCGCCUACUCCGGCAUCUCCUUCACACCAGGACGCGCUUUCACUUUGGGCACUUACAGGAGGGGCGUGGCCAAGCCUGCUGAGCAAGAGGAGGAAGAAGAGGAGGAAGCAGAGGCAGAGGAGAAGGAAGAGGAAGAAGAAGCAGCAGAGGAGGAGGGAGAAGGAGGAGAAGAAGGAGAAGAAGGAGAGGGUGAAGGAGAAGAAGAAGGAGAGGGAGAAGACGAAGGAGAGGAGGAAGGAGAAGAAGAAGCAGAGGAAGGAGAAGAGCAGGAAGAGGCUGAGGAGGGAGAGGUGAAUGGAGAGGAGGAGGAGGAGAAGGAAGAGAAAGUAGAGAAAGAGGAGAAGGAGGACAAGCAGAAAGAGAAGGAGGUGGAGAAGGAGAAGAAGAAGGACGGGAGCAAGGGUGAUAACAACAAAGUGGAAAGCAAGAGCGAAAAGGCCGAGAACAACAAAGGAGAAAAAGGCUCUGCGGCCAAAAGCAAGUAGAGCUCUCGCUGCUCCACUGCUGCCCUCCAAACACAUAUCCACCGAACUGUGAUCUCCUUUACCUCUCUGCUCAUCACACCCACACACUCACGCAAGCACAAACACUCACACACGCAUGGAAAUGCACCCAUACCAUCAGCACCGCUCACCAUCGUCCAUCUCUGGGCACUGUAAGGUUUACAAGCAGUCCGGCGCACUCUUAUUAAAAGGGCUACUUAAAGGGUUCUUUAGUAAAAGCAUUUAAAGGUUUAAUCAGGGGGAUCAAACUACCAACCUGCUACACACAGCUUCCUACAGUGCAUCACAUAUUUACAUUUCAUCCUCAAAUUCACAAAAUCACAAAAUACGGCUAAAUAUUCACAUUUGAUGGUUAGAUUUGCUUCUCCCACCAGACUCUGUGACUCAUUUCUCAGCAGAAGCUGUAUGAAAUCAGCUUGGACUGAUGAUUAUGAUAUCAAAAGCAGUGCAUGCAAAAUGAACCAUUUAAAUCCUGAGGCUGUGGAACGUCGUAGUUUAACUAUAAGUAACUUAGCUAGUGUCCUAAAUUAGACAGAUACUUAAAUUUGCCCUCAUUGAUUCAUUCAUGACGCAGUUGUAACAUACCAGGGGCUUCACCCUGAGCGAGGUUUGAACUCAUGGCACUUAUGUUAGUAGUCGGUAGUGCAGAGCAACUGAGGGUCGGGAUAAAAAUGCAAUGAAGCGAAAAAGGGCCGGAAAAACAAACUAGAGAAGGAACAAAUUAAAAGGGAACGCGGUAAACAAGGAGGAGGUGGUGGGGUCACACCCUCAGUCAUGCUCUGUAGCAUGUUGCCUCAUUGCUGGAGAACAAUUUGAGAAAAGCCAAGAUUAGAAAAAGAUACAGAGGUUACCAGCUGAGACAGAGCAACGUGCACAUGCGGCAUGAACUCAAGACUGAGCAGCGAGCAGUGUGUGAGCACCCCUUAAGUAGGGUACCCACGGCUGCUACUGCUCAGCCCGAAUUACUCAGUCCUGGCUCACCAGCCCCUUCUAGCAGCCAGAGGUGGCCUAGCAGGUUGCCUGGAUGUUACAACAGCAGUAAAUACGAUGUGUUAGAUGUAAAAAAUGGAUGUAAAUAUCAAAUAGAUCCCCUAAAAAAAUCAUAUUUAGCCACUUUGCCAACACAUCACUAGAAGUCCCAUAUAACAUACAUUCUACUUUUAAAAGUAAGUGUUCUUGAUGUAAUUAUACUAAGCAUUUAUGAAAUACUAUAUAUAGAUAUUACUAUUAGUAAUAAUUAUAAUAAUAAUAAUAAUAGUAGACAAUUGUGGUCACAGACAAUUUGCUAAUAAACAAACACUAAGAUGUGCUUAAAUGAGUGUAUGUGUUAUGUAGUUAAAAUGAAUGUUUCAACAAACAUAUUGGGCACAUUUUUCCCUGCAUUUUUUCAUCCGCACCCGCCUUGAAGAAGACCACCUAGAGUAAUUUGAGACCCCUGGCUAAAAUAGUUCUUUACAUGGUUAGAUCACUCUAUGUCCUACCAAAAAGCAUUCCACUAGAGCCUUUUUUGGGUUCUAUAAACACAAAAGUAAAGGUGCCAUAGAAGAAUCUCUUUUGGUUCCCAAAAAACUGAGCUGCUCUUUAGUGAACUCUGUGUGAUGUGAGAUGUGACGCGAGCAUGUCUGAGAACCCUCUUAAAUUGAUUUAGAAUCUUUACAUUGUUGAGGUUCUUCACAUUUUACAAAUCUCUUCCUCAAACCUGAUUCAUCAGGAAACCAAAAGUAGUUCUUCUAUGGCACUGAUCAAAGACGAUGUAUUAAGAGCAGUUGUGUGAGUGUUCCAAGAACCCUUAAAUUGGUGUAGAACCUUUGCAUAAUGUGAAGGGUCUUUAAGCUUUUAAAUGUUCUCCUCACUUACAAAUCUCUUCUUUGAACAGGUUCUUUAGGGGAACAAAAGUGUUACUUUAGGAGUUGCUCAAAGAACCCUUUGUGGCGCCAAUUUUUAAGAGAAUAGAAAGCGUUAUUUUAAGAGCGGACAGUCGGCAUAAACAGCAACAGACAGUUUUGUCCACAACAGAAAUCUUCACCGUGGUGAGUAAAUGGAUCCAUUCAGAGUAGCUAGCACACUCAAGACACAUUAGGAGCCACAAACAGACAUUUGAAUGUUUAACGAAUACAAAGAGAAUGCAAGUAUUAAUGUGCAAUAAUGAACGAGGGCAUGUGAAAUGGGGUCCAGAGACCACAGUGCCCAGUCACUCCAUUCUUCAGUGUGCCAUUAUUCCACAGAAGAAGGUGUUGGAUGGGUUAAGAGUGAUUGAACGAGGCUCAAUGAAUGACACAGGCUGGACGUGUACACUGACCUUCACUGCAGAUGAACCAACGUCUUUGGUUCCAACUUUUUGGUGCUAUUAGAUUUAAACAGCGAGUUGGACAUUGUUGGGUUCAAAAGGCACAGCAUAAAAACAGCAGGUGCUUCGUUGAGGUCUUCAGUGAAUGUUACCAGCCAAGAAACCCCACUCAUCACCUCAAAUAUUCACCCCAAUUACCCCAAUGUUCAUCCCAAAAUUGACCUUCUUUACCCCCAAUGUGCACUCCAAAACUCACCGUUUAUCCAAAUGUUUACUGCAAUAUUCAUCCCAUUUACCUGAGUGUUCACUCCAAAAUUCAAUCCAUUUGAACCAAAGUUCACCCCAGAGUUCACUCCAUUUACCCCAGUGUUCACCUUAGAAUUUACCCAGUUUACCCCAUCUUCAAUAAUACUACGAUAGCUAGGUACACAUACCUCAAUGUCUAUGUCUUUGGGCUGCAAAAUUGCCCAAGCUCAUUUCUACUGUUCAUUUCCUGAUGGUUUAAUCUUCUUUAUCACUCUAUCCGUUUCCAUAACCAGCACUAAAUCAUCCUUCCAUCAUCUGUUCAUUUGCAAAAGUCACAGCACAGCAACAGUGGCUACGUUUAGGAUUUAAAGACGUUCAGUUUAUUGAGGAGGGCUUUUGGAGUUUAGAUAUAACACAUGGGCGUGCAUUUUGCAUCCAAUGCCGUCCCUCCAGGAAUGAAACGUUUAGAGACUUAAAAAGACUGCUGCUAUUUAUCUUCCUGUUCCUGCUAUUUUUAUGUUUGGAUGGGAAAAAAAAUCCUCCUCUUGAUUGGUUCACUCUUCUACUGUUUCACUUUCUUCCAUUCUCCCACAUCUUAAAGCAGGAGUUUCCACCCCACUGCAGAUGAAAUGCAUUAGUAUGCACUAGCGUUCAAAAGUUUGGAAUCAAUUGGACUCAUUCAUCGACUGUUCUUAAGAAGAAAUUCGGCACUUUUAGAACACGUCAUGUGUCUGACAGACUUUUUCUUAGGACCUUUCUCAAGAACACAUUCAAGAGCAAACUUAGGAAGAUAUUGGUGAAUUCGGACCAUUGCUUUUAAUGAUAUAAAACCAAUUUGGCUGCAGAUAACGUCUAUAAUUAUUCUAAUGUGUUAGUCUGGUGCAACAUCACAGUUUUAAUAGCUAUAAUCACACUAAGUAGCUGUAAAUAAACAUGGAGAAAUUUUAGGCAUGCCCAAAACGAUGAACCAAGCUGCAGAUGAUCUUAAAAUGACUGAGACAGCUGUAGAACUUUUACUAAUAGAGAAUUAAGUUAUAAUAAAAUUCCUCAUAUCUCAAGGCAGAUAACUUGACAAAAAUGAAUGCAAAAAUAGAUAGUUUAAGUACAUAUGGAAUUUCACAUAUAAUUUUGUUCAGUCUUUCAAAGACGUCUUGAAUUACGCAAUAAAGCCUCUAAGAUACCUUUCAAACAGAAUAAACCCACGUUCUAUAGGCUAUUAUUGUACAAAAUAAAAAAAUCCAAACUUGUCAAAUGAUUCCAAAUUUUGAAUUCUAGUACAUGUCCUCAAUAUAUUCCACAAUAUACAUAAAUUGUAAGGCCUUUUGAAUACUUUAUAGUUUUAGAUUUGAAGCACUUCAUUAUCCUGGCUUAACUCACUCACUCAUGUUUAGCAGGCGAAAGAGUCACCACAAGGGGGCACUGUUUUGCUUCAUAUCAAUGAUGCUUUGUGUCCUUGUUGAAUGUGUAGCUGCAUAAUUUUAAUGUUCUCCCUGCUAGAACACACCUGGAUUAACUCAUCGGCUACUUAUGAGGUCCUUCGUGAGCUGAAUUGUGUUAGUACAGAUAAAACUCAUAAGGGCCAGUUUCCCAAACUUAGUUUAAGCCUAAACCAGGACUAAAACGAAUUUCUAAAGGUUAUACCCCAGGUCAGACAGUCGGAGAGGGAGGUCCUCUCGGAAUUGAAUAUUAAAACUUUUAAUAUUUAAAUUGUAUUUCCAGGACAAUGUGCCAAGGGGUGCCAAUGUGCAAAUAUUUUGGCACCCCCGGUCAAAUACUGUGCUUUAUUAAUUUUUUCAGAGUGAAAAGAAGUGAACACAUCCUCUGCAGAGAACCCCGCUCCUCUGGUCUUGACAUGUCUGGCUCUUGACAGGUCCCUGCAAAUGACAGGUCAGAAGACAGGCGGACAGUAGAAAGAGUAAUCUGGUCAGUUACAGCCAUAGGUAGGGGCUAUUACCACUAGCCACCCCCUGUUUGAGCAUACAUUCACGAUUACAGCAAAGCCAAUAUACAAGGUUAACUGACCCUCAUCACACCUGAGCAGUAACAUGGGACACGAGUCCAUUAAGAAGUAGAAUAUACUGUUAUAUAUGGUCAAUAUAAAAAUGAAAUAUUUUGACAUCAUAUUCCUGUGUAUUUAAACAAAAGCAACAGAAGACGAGAGAGAGGGUGUUACCACAUCUAACUCGCGCUCAGUCAGGACUGCAUGUAAACAUUUUGCCAGGAAAAUUGUAAGACUUGUAGUACUAGUUAAAAACUCGUAGCAUGGAAAUAAGAAGUAUGUAAUUAUUCUAAAAAGCAUUAAUCGCUAUUAGUUAAAUGAUGUAUCAUUUGAAUGUGAAAUAUACAUUUCCUCCAAAAUAAUUCAGAUUUUCCACAAGGGGGUGCUGUUAGCACUCAAGUAGCAUUUUGUGAAUUAUUUAAAGAGAUGAAACCCACACCAGCAGGAUUUUACAUAUUCCUGCUGUCAUCGAUUUCAAAAUGGGAUUCUUUUUAUUCUAAAAAGAAUAACGUUACUUAAAUUAGUGAAGGCAAUAGGUACCGAAGGGGAGUGCCUCAGCCUCUCAGUCCACAGGUUUGGAUUGUACAGCCCUGCACUGAACUUGCUCAGCUGUUCUGCUGAGUAAAGGACAGAAUUACAUCAAAUAAGCCCUGAACAGUGUUUCAAAAGUUGCCUAUUUGCUAGAUCCAGCCGUUUAGACUUAAGCAAACAUUGUUGCUUAGCAAAGUUUUCCUUCGGCUCAGCCUGAGAACUAAAAACUUUGUGUGGUAACAAGAAAGUAGUUUGCUUUUAUUCAACGCAGAUAUCUUUAAUAAAGCUGCAUAAAAUGUUAGAUAAAUAAAAUUACUAUUUUAUCAGUGCCAACUUUAAAAGCUCCUGCCCUAUUCCCUUUUCACAGUGCAGGUAAGGUGAAAAAAGUGCUCUAAUUUGAUAUAACAACACAAAAACAAUGCUUUCCAGCCAAUCAGACUGUGCAGUCAGGACUAACUGUUGUAUAAUGCAAUAUAUUUUACAUUCGGAAUAGGACAGCCCUGCUUAAUCCAAUUCUUAUCACCAAACAAUCAGCUUUAGCGGAAAGAUUUGAUUAUACGAAGUGUCCGGAUAUAUUUUCAGGCUUGACAGGUGUCAUUUGGAGUGGCAUGGAUGUUCAGAAUGACCAAGUAUGUGACCUUCUCAGUUUGCUAUAUUAUUUGGGCACUUUUAUUGUGUAUCCUGUAGCAAAAUGGUCAAAUUCCUAGAUCUUUCAUAUCGUCUACUCUCAGCAAACGAGAGAGAGAGAGAGUGUUAUUAUGACAUUGAACACGUGUGGAGGCUGAAGGACAUCGUCUAUGGCUUCAUUACCGACUGAAGUGGGAAGUGAACCAGUUGACAGGAGGAUAUGUUUUUUCUUUUGCAUGGCCUGACCCUUGGAGCUUGGCAAAAUAAGACAGGAUGGGAUAGAUUUGCUUGUUGUGUCUAUAAAAAUAAUGUAUGUACUGUAACUGCCUUAAUAACGAGAGAACUGCGUUAAAUAGAAAAAGGUCCGUGCACUUUUCUGCAUUUUCACACUGUUUCAGAGAGGGUUGAAGGCAGGUGACACCACAUUGAGCAAUCUGCUAAUCUACUGCAACCCAGUGAGCUGCUAUCUCCAUACAGUGAUCUUCUCAAAGCCAAAUAAAGCCAUUUACCAACCAAAA